AUGAAAAAGAGGCAUCAGCCCUUAAGAGUUGGAGAUCGAUUUUUUAUAUGUGGGCAAGAUAGUAUCUACGCGACACAGGGUGGAAGUGUCUUGGCGGACACUAUAGAGGAAUGGCCGCUGCAGCAAGGGGUGCAUCAAAAAGGCAUCGACUGGAGCGUCUGUGAAUGGGAGGUCGCGGCUGUGUCCGAUGACCCUCCUAUCUCCCCAGCUCAGCAGUUGGCAGCGAGUCAGCAGUUGGCUGAUCGAUUCGUUCCUUCGUGGAUGCAAAUGCAGACUGUGCAUCCUCGUCGAGUAGUGGCCGCUUUGGAAAAGAGUAACCCCUCUAUGGUCACCGAUAAAUAUAUUGAACAUCUUCUACUACAAGAAUUCGAGUCUAACACUAACAUCAAAUACAUGACGGUCUGCUUUGAGCCUUACGUUUUCAACAAUCUAUCACGGUACUGUAAACUCGGUGAUAGAACAAGGGCCCAGCAAUCUCGAGAGCAAGAAGUGGCUGAGGCUGAAUUCUAUCAGUGGAUUCCUCCGCAAGCUCCGGACUAUACGUGUCGAGAACUGUAUGUUGAAGCGAAGAGGCAGGGCAGAGGUGUGUGGAGUAGCUACAGUAGUGAUGGGGAUUUCCUGGCCUAUGCUGUGCCCUUCUACUGGAGGAACGCCUUUGCUGGUGUUGUUACGUUGGACAGCCGCCUUAAGGCAGCAGAGAUGAAGUCUAGUGAGAGGAGCAGUCGAGCAUCGAGGGAAGUGGAGGAGACGAGGCAUUCUACUUACCUCACUGCGGCUGAAGCUGAUAAGCUUGCUGAUUCCCUGGCCCAGUCAGCGAUCAGUCUCGCGGCUCGCUUGACAGCGCGGAGUGAACCUUUGGAUGGUGCGGCUCUGGAGGAGUUGACGGAGGCUUAUUUGAGGAAGGAUUGUCGCGUGUUUGGUAUGGGUAUUGCGUUUCAACCACAAGCAUAUGCUAAUAAGGAUGCGUGGAUGACGUAUGCCUCUUGGACUGCUCAGCAGGGAAGUGGCAGUAAGAGCGGCUCAUGCCGAUACAAGGGAAUUCAUGUUGAAGAAUUCGGAGGAGCUAAAGGGAGUUACUACCAAACCAAUGAAUGGUAUCGGUCGUCAAUACUAUCAUCUCGGUCGUUAUGGACGGACCCUUAUUAUGACCCUCAUACUGGCAAGACAUUCCUUAAGACCUUCGCGGUCCCGUUUAGAUUGCAGCCUAGUGCUACUACUGCCAACACCGAAUCAGGAGCUGAUGCUGGUGGGAGUUUAUCAGGAGUAGUUCGCUUGGAUGUGGAGUACUGUGAUGAGCUACACUCGUUCUUUUAUCAUGAGUCGGCAACAGGAGGGGCGGCAGCUCCGGGAGAGCAGACUGGAACAACUCUUGCGUACUAUCAGCAUCCCGUAUCAGCUGUUUGUGUAUGCGUACGGUGUUACUAUUUGGGCCUCUACGGUGGGGCUGAGGAGCAACAUAAUCAGCUUGCUGAGGAAGAGGAGGAGGGUGACGAGACUGUCGUGUCACCACGCCAUAGUAGUAGCAAGGAGAGGGGAGAGCACCGAGAUGAGAGCUCGCUGGAGUUUGUGGGGGUUUGCGAUAAGUACAAUUUAUACGUGAGUCGGUACAGGAAAGCUGGAGAGGAGUUGGAAUUGGGACGGUAUGCGCAGUUUCGCCACGUCGCUACUGGGAAGUUGCUCAGUGUGGACAUUUCUGUAAAUGAAGGAGAUUACGGUAUAUAUCGUCACUGUUUGGAGCCGACCGAUUGUUAUAUGCAGGGCAGUCCGGGGACGUGGUUUAAGGUCAUAGAGGCUGAGGCAAGUGACUGGGAUGAACUUGAACGAAUGAAAAAAGCGCAACGCUCCGCUGAGGAGGCCAGCAAGAGGUCUGCGAGGUUUGAUCAUUCGGUGUCUCAAGAUGAUGAUGUUUUUGAGGAGGAGCUGACGUCUAAAGAGGUUGACAAUGACAAGCAUCAGAAAGUAUGCAACUGGAGGAUCGUGAGGAAGCAGCUGACUAAUCUGAGCUUGGGGAAAGGAACUAGUGAUGUAGUAGUAGUAGGAGGAGGCUUGCAUAAGGAGGAGAAUGCGGUUGUGCUGGAGUCUAUGUCUUGGGGUGCUAGAUGUGGUCCUGUAUAUAUGAAAAAAUUGAGGAAUAAUAGAACUACUGAUACUAAGAGGGACAAGGGAAGGAUAUGGGAGAGAGCAGUUAAGGAGGCGGUUUGGCGGGUGGACAACUUUGAAGAUGAUUCUGAUGUGUUGGUGCAGUUUAGGGAUAUACUCCAACCGUGGGAGGAAGCGAGAGUAAGGCCCGAUCGGGCUGUUGGUACGAGCAGCAGUGGAUAUGGGAGCACUAAGUGCUAUAUUGAAGCACCCGCCGAGUUCGAGAAAAGGAAGGUUGACCGACUUGUGGAAGUGACGUUCACUACGAAAAGGAGUUCGUAUUUUACUCGCGGAGCGAAGGCUAUCAGAGAACUCGGCCCUGAACAUUUACUACUGGCACAGGUGUUGGUAGGCGAUCUCGCUAUGCACAACCCGGAAAUUUCGAGACAGUUGUUGGAAGUUCUCAAUGUGCAGUUGAAGCCGCUUCUGCAUGAACUUGAUCGAGCGAUGGUCAGCUGUUUCAAAUCAGAGUGCGAAGCCCCAGCUGCGUGUAUUGCGGUGGUGGGACUCUGCAAAAUGAUUUUGACAUUAUUUGUUGAUGUAUGCGAGGUCGGAUGGAGCAGGAAGGAACUGUCAUCUACUACGUAUGUGGUGGAUGCUAACAGAGUCUCGGAGCAAUACCCUAGUGGGACAGUCGGCAUUACGUGGAAGAAAGAUGUGGCUGAUCGCGUUGUUGAGAACACUAAAGUUGAAACCAGCGACGGGUGUAAGAGUUUGUUGGAUCUGCUGUUGUUGUUCAUACAUAGAGCAGUGUAUCAACCUGAGAUGAACGAAGCGUUGUAUGCUGCACUUGAGCUGGUGCAUGCUGUUACUGUUAAUGAUAUGUAUAACGAUCCUAAGGAUCGGCGUAACACUGUAAGGGAGCUCAUUCAUGUUGCCAGCACUGAGCAGUUCGUGACGGGAAGUGAAGAGGUUGUUCAGAGGCGGAUGAUUAGUGGGAGAAAAUGCAAGGUUGAGGCCUUGAAUGUGCUGCAUUCCAUAAAGGAUUUACAGCUGCACCAUAGGGUCUUGACGGUCGUUGCUGGGCAUAGGGCUGAUGAAAUUAAUGACGCGCUGUUGAACCCUGGGAUGAAUCUUGUGGAGAAGUGUUUUAAUGCACUACGUAGGACCACUGAUCCAAGCCUCGAGGAAAGUCUGGCGAGCAUGUUGUUACGUCUGCAUGUAACGCACACUGAAUUGAAGAGGUCGUUGCUGAGGGUACACUAUGUGGAAGAGGGCCAGAUGGAGCUGUUGGAAAGUGCGCAGAAGUGGGCAGUAGAGUUAGCGAGAAUUCUGGACGAGCCUGAAGUUGAUAUGCUAUUGGCCGCUAGGGCUACAGGUCAGCUACGGGCCAGCCUGGUGCCUGAUGAUAGUACUGGCCUCACCAAGGCUGCCGAUUUGUAUGUUGCUCUGGGAGUUCACGAGCACUUACUACAACUGUUGAAUGUACCGUAUCUGGGAGUGGCGGUGUGGGAGAAUUGCUAUUCUACUUUAACUACUAUGGCGCACGCAACCAGUUACCGAACUGUGAUAAGGCGGCUGGCCAGGGACUUCCCGGUGUACCUACGACAUGCUGAGGAUGAUAUUAGAGGCGCUAAUAGAUUGUGCAUCGAGUUGUUAUGUGCUAAUAAGGAACUGGCUGCGGAGUGGCUUACUGUAGCGAGGAGCCUGUGUGAAGUCCCUAGUAUUUUGGGAGAUCUAUAUCAUGCUAUUGCCAAAGGUAAUGCUACUGCGAUGGAGAGCCUCAGAGAGCAGCUGAAUACUGGGAAUCCGAGAUACUAUAUAGAGCUCUUGGACCUUCUUCGAGUGUGCGCUACUGAUAACGCUGAAGCUGUUGUGGUGACGGACUCGAACGAUGUCACACAGACUACCGUUGAAACGAGGAGGAAGGAUGGACGAGUAGCGGCACUGUUAGGAAGGGUAUUACCAGUGGGGAAUAUGGUGGGGUUACUGAUGUCGUGUACCAGGGUGGGGGUAAAGGCGGCUUUAUUAGAUUUUAUAAGAUUGGUUCACACAGCAGAAGGGGUACUAACCCUUCCAGCGGGAGUCAUAGCUGGUGUCAUGGAUGAUUUCACUGACACUAUUAAGGACUGUUUAGAAGAGCAUAGGAAGCAACAAGCCCUGUAUGCAGGAGGAUCUAAGAACUCGGAUUCUCCAACGGGAGUGGAUGAUGGGCGUGCAUCUACAGUGUUGUCAUCGUGUGUGUGGUUGGGGAAGCAUAAGGGCUUGGCCAAACCACGAGCUUAUGUUUUCAAGUGCAUCAUACCAUUUUUAACGUCAUUGUAUCACACCGGUGGGUCGUUUAUCACAACUGCUACCCUUACCAUCACUAUCUCUCCUACCCUUACCAUCACUAUCUCUGCUACCCUUACUAUCACUAUCUCUUCUACCCUUACCAUCACUAUCUCUGCUACCCUUACUAUCACUAUCUCUGCUACCCUUACUAUCACUAUCUCUGCUACCCUUACUAUCACUAUCUCUGCUACCCUUACUAUCACUAUCUCUGCUACCCUUACUAUCACUAUCUCUGCUACCCUUACUAUCACUACCCUUACCAUCACUAUCUCUGCUACCCUUACUAUCACUAUCUCUGCUACCCUUACUAUCACUACCCUUACCAUCACUAUCUCUGCUACCCUUACUAUCACUAUCUCUGCUACCCUUACCAUCACUAUCUCUGCUACCCUUACUAUCACUAUCUCUGCUACCCUUACUAUCUCUGCUACCCUUACCAUCACUAUCUCUGCUACCCUUACCAUCACUAUCUCUGCUACCCUUACCAUCACUAUCUCUGCUACCCUUACUAUCACUAUCUCUGCUACCCUUACUAUCACUACCCUUACCAUCACUAUCUCUGCUACCCUUACUAUCACUAUCUCUGCUACCCUUACCAUCACUACCCUUACCAUCACUAUCUCUGCUACCCUUACUAUCACUAUCUCUGCUACCCUUACUAUCACUACCCUUACUAUCACUAUCUCUGCUACCCUUACUAUCACUAUCUCAGGAUAG